UCAGAUGAGGCGCGCGGGGGCGGGCGUUGUGGGCGUUGUGGGCGUCAUACUUGGGGUUAUUGGCCUUUUGCCUCUUUGGGAGGAAGUAUGUACAGUACUGUACGUACACUCUAGGGCAGUUGCUGUUGGAAUCGUUGAUGAUGGCUGUUUUGUUGGUGGUGAGGGGGAUGGUCGAUUUAGGGGUGCACAGGAAGCAAAAAAUUCGAGUGAUUGAUUGUAUUGUAUUGUGAAUCUGCAGUAGGAUCUGAAACCCUUUUCCCUGUCUGUUGGUUCACUCGGUACUGUCUCUACACUCAGCAGUGAUUACUGA